UUGAAAAGAAAAGAGCCGGCCUCUAAUGAUACUACAGACACUGACGAUGAAAUAUUUUCCGUACACGAUUCUUCGGACUACUGUGUUGACGAUGACGAGCAACUUUUAGAAGAAUUUGAGAGAUAUUUUUACGACAAUGAAUCAGAAAUAAUGCAAAAUAUAAUCGAAAACGAGAAAAUACAAGAUCAAGUACUGGACCAAAUAGAACAGGAAAGCGAAACGCGUACUAUGAAAACCGAAAACAGAGUUCAAAUUGAGGAAAACAGAAUUAUAACAGCAGAAAAUAAUACCAUUGAAGAAGAAAACAAAACUAAGCAAACCGUGGAUUUAGUUCAAAUAAAAUCAGAAAACAAAACCAAGAAAACGGAAAAAUUAGUUGAAGUAGAAAACAGGAUCACGGUAAUCACAAAUACAGUACAAAGAACAGAAGAAAAUAAGAAAUGUAACAACAUUCAAACUAAAGGAGGAAAAGGGCCACGAAUCUUUAAUGAAAAAGAAACCGUCGAAAUAGUUGAAAAUAAAGAAGGUGACAGUGUGAUUGUUAAGUAUUACGAAAAAAAAUCUUGA